AUGCUGCUGGUUCAUCAUCUCCUUGGAGGGCCUGGGAAGGUCACCGUGCUCUUGGCAGACCAUGACGAGGCUGAGCCCUUCUCGAGACUGCCCCGUCAAGUUCGCUACGGAGGAAGCCACGGCGGCUUUGGUGCGAGAAGUCGCUGGGGCAACCUGAGCCCGCUGUUUGCCAUGCUGUCACGCUUUCAAGUUCUCUGGCUGUCAGAAGGUGUGCCAGAAACAGGGACUGUUGCAGACUCGGCUCGAUUCAGCGAUGCGGUGUGGGGAUUUCCGAUUCCUGGGCUCAUGCACGGCCGGAUGACAGAGUACGACUGCAGCGGCAAGUUCUGCUUCGGGCUUCGCCGCCUGGCUCCGCUGGGUCAGGCUGUGACGUUGCGGCCUGCCUUGGACGGGCUCUUUGACUGCGGCCACCCUGCGAGGUCCUGCAGGCCGAGGAGGCGACUGAAUAUGCUCCUGGUGCAACGUCCGAGAGGUAAGACCAGGAGAAUUGCAAGCGUGAAGCUGGUGGCAAAGCUGUGGGAGACUGCGUUCCUUCAGCUUGGGGUCAAGGUCUGGCGUCCAGAGCUUCACCCGAUCAUGGAGCAGGUGCGCUACGUGUCGCGGGCAGAUGCCCUGGCAGCUGUGACGGGGCAGGCUUGUGGUUUGGGAGCCUUCCUUCCUCGGGGCUCAGUCCUCUUGGAGUUCACACCGGCACUGGACGGCUCGUAUGGCUGCCACCCAGGGUGGGACAUGAAUCCGACAAGCGAGGUUGGUCAGAUCGCGCGGCUUGCGGAGGUUCACCAUCACUGUGUCAUGUCCAGAUGCGUCGGCGUGGCUGCAAACACGCCGUUGUCGGCAAAGCAGUCGGCCGAGCCGGCCCUGGAGAGCAGGGUGUCAGGAAGCAGAGACCUCCUGCUUCAAGCAGAAGCAAGCCUCACCUGGCGCACUGCAGCCCUGGCCAGCAACCUACGUCGUUUUGCCAUCCCUUGGAAGAGGCGACCAGAAGCUCAGGUGCAACUCGUCGCAAUCUCGCAGUCGCAGUUUGCGCAGUGGGAACAAAAGGUACUGUUACAGAUGGGCAUCACUCCGCUCACCUUCGACGGCUAUGCUGUGAAGAGCGUGAAGCUGUGGGGCCUCAUCUGCAGGGCCUGUUUCCACUUCCACCGCGAAUCCUCGAAGGUGUUUUGCCCAAAGUGUGGCAACGACACAGUCGUUCGAGUCCCGAUCAUCGUGGAUGAGGACGAAGGGGACGGUGUUCUCCAUGCCAAAGCCACAAAGUGGCAGAGUAUGGAAGCCGAUCUUCGCAGAGGCAUUUCAUCAGACAUGGGAAAGGAUACUGAUGGCAAGAAUGAUGCCAAGAGUGAGUUUGCUAAGCUCAGCUUGAAACAAACGAGCUUCCGUAGAUCCUAUCCGAUCCAUUUCUUCAUGUUCAAGGCACUGGGUGGGGAACGCGCGGCUACCAAGCAGCUCUUUGAAGCGUGGAUGCUUAGCAUUGCGACCUUUGUGUUCUUGAAGUGCUUACAUGCCUACUUUCAAUGUCGGCUCACUCUAAGGCUUGACAGCUGUCAGAUUUCCCGCAUUCAGGGAUUGGAGAAAUGUCCCAGUCUCGUCUCUCUCCACUUGGAGGACAACGACAUCAACUGCGUGGAAGGCCUUGAGAAGCUUUUCUCCCUGGAGAUUCUGAAUCUUGAAAGGAACAGACUCCAGAGGCUUGGCCGUGGCUUGAGCAAGCUGAGCAAGCUGAAGGAGUUGCGGCUGAGCUUUAAUCAGCUGACGGCACUGGAGGGCCUUCCCGGCCUUGCUGCUCUGGAGGUGCUGGAUGUCAGCCGCAACCAGCUGGCAAGCGUUGUAACGGAAGAUUUGAAAGGUUUGGGCAAGCUGGACGAGCUGAACCUUUCAGGCAACGGUCUCUCCAGCAUCGGCUUUCUUGGGGUUGGAGGUCCGCUUCGCCUGUCGUCGUUGGAUCUCUCCGACAAUUCACUGACGACAUCUGCUUUUAAAGGCCUUCCAUGCCUUCCGCUCCUCUCGGAGUUCAUGCUGGCAGGAAAUCAACUACAGGAGGUGCCCAACAAUUUGGCGAGCAGUUGUCCUGCGCUGGAGAUCCUCGAUGUGUCGCGAAACAACCUCCUCUUCGUCGCUGAGGUGGAGAAGCUCAAGUCGAUCGCCACGCUGCGUGAGCUGAGUGUGCAGGGGAACCCACUUGCGGAGAGCGAGGAGCUCCCGAAGGCGGUGCGCUCCCUGGGUGGUCUCGAGUACGUCGACAACAGGCAGCUGAUGCCUUUGCAAAACGUCCUGGAGGACGGAGCUGAAAAGGAAGAGACGUUCAGCCUGACCAAGGUGGAGGCACCUUCGGCCACCGCUUCCCGACCUGGUACGGCCUCGCGGCCUGGUACCGCUUCCCGUCCGGGCACGGCCUCGCGACCUGGAACAGCAACGGCUCUGAAGGAGGCCGGAGUGCAGCAGCCCCUGAUGCACACUCCAGCAGUUCCUGUUCGGAAGUGCGCCAGUGAGGAGCAAGUUUCACAGUGGGCACAGCAGACCAUCGGAAGCCUUCAGGCUAUUGGCAAGCAGGUCGCAAAAACGGGCGACAAGGCAGAGCAGGACUUGCGCGAGAUGCAUCGGUAUGUCCAGAAGGCAAAGAAAGCCAACCGUUUGCAUGCGGAGUGGGAAGCCAGGCAAGAAGCAGCCAUUCCAGAAGAGACAGAGGCGGUCCCGUCGACGCCGGAGUGCCACCAGGCGCCAACGCCGCUGCGGCCAAGUUCUGGCAAGGCGAGCCGAAAGCUGCGGGAGGUGGUGGCAUUCUACCAGGGUGGUGAAGACGAACAGGCCGACGAGGAGACGCCUCCUGAAGCUGGAAUCAGCCCAGUCUCGAAGAUGCCCACCUCCGUGGUCUUGGCAUCCUGUGACGAGGUCGAGGAGAUUCAGGAGGUUGAAGAUAGGGCACCUAGCCCGGUUGUGGAGUCGGCAGAGCCUUCUGAAGUCGAGGAGGCUCUUGAAGACGACGGCAUCAAAGAAGCACCAGUGCCAUCGGGGCUACCAGGGCCCCUGCCCGCGAAGGCCGGGCGGCCUCCUCCAGGUAAGGACAUGAGAGUCGGCGUCCGUGCUUCGGUUCGCCGCUCCAGCUCGGGCACCAGGAGUCGCGCAGGGGUAGGGCCCUACCCUGCCAGAGCAUCGAGUCCUGGAGCUGUGAAGGGCUACCCAGGAAAGCGCUAG